AAAUCUACAGGAUCUUUUAUUUUCUUCCGGUAUAGACAAAAGCCGAAGACCACAUGCAGAACGGAGGUAGCUGCUUUUUAAUCUUUCAUUUGUUUGUGUUUAUAAGUAGUUGCGCACAAAUAUUUAAACUCUAUCAGCAUCUUAUAGGUAACAGACAUUAAGUCAUGGUGGUGAAGAAGAAAACUAUUAAAGUAGAGGCGGUGGCACUGGAUGAGGAGACUUUAUGCAAGCUUAUAGCCUCCUUGUCUGUAGAUGGAGGAGCAGAGAGAGUCAAACAGCUUUCCCACACCCUGCAGUCCUGUUUAGAGCUGACUGAUCCUGUGCAACAGAUCCAGCUAAUAAAAAAGGCAGGAUCCCAGCUGGAGGCUCUGAAUGAGGAAGAAGCUGAUGAUGCAUUGGAUGUCUGUCUGAAAACUCUAGCUCUGGUCUAUACCUCUGUGCAGCCUAAGAACCCCCUUAGAAGGGCUGUUGCCAGUUCCCUGGGUUCAGUACCAAAGUGGCUUCAGGGGCGGACCGUAGACACUCUGUCUUCCUGUUUGUCUGACCUCCUGUCCAGUCCAAGCUCAGAACAGUUUCCUCGCAUCAUAGACACCAUCUCCGCCUGCCUGGACAGCUUCCCCACUGGUGAGAGAUGCAUUCACAAGCUGCUGCUUAAAGUGUUAAAAUUCAUCAGCAAGGUUUUACAUGAAUACCUUCACCAGAACCGCGGUCUUGCAGGCCGACACAUUGCUCAGGCCCAGCUGAUGCAGUGGUGCCUGGCUGCAGUGAAAACCUCCAUGCUGGUGCUUCAGAGAUCUCAGGAGGCCAUCGGUGACGUGCUGCAGGCUCAGCCGGACACACUGGGCGGCCUCCUGAGCUGCUACACACACAUCCUCACAGACGAAGAGUUUGUUCAGGCUGUUCAGAGCACGGCGGGCAUGGCUGUGGUGUUGCUCAUCAGGUCUGUUAUGGGCUCUGGAGAUGAAGUCGCAUCUGUGGUUUGCGGUUUGCUGCGUAGCUCAGUUGGGGGUCUGGAAUCGGCCCCUCAGUGGCUCCGGCAGAGGUGUGAGGCCCUCUGCGCGAGCGACCGGCCUCCAGGCGUUUCUCUGUACCUCUGCCACGGCGCUUUGGCCAUGUUGAGCUGGAAAGGCUCCCUGCCUGGGCCUCAGUGGGAGGAGCUGCUGCUGUUGGUCCCGAAGACGCUGAUGGAUCUGGAUGUCAGAGUGAGGGAGUCCAGCACAGCGAUGGUUGUGGCUCGAGUUCUGACGCUGUGGAGUGGGGCCGCGUUGGACUGCCUGCAGGAGGAGAAGCACCUUUGUCCCCCCAGCCUCCAGGUGGCACUCUGUGGAGGCUCUGAGCUGCAGCGCCACCUGCUGGAGCACAUCUACUCCCACUGGGAGCAUCCUCUGGACGGCGUCCGCCACCAAACCCGCUCCCUGUUCCACAACCUCCUGCGCCUGCAUCAGCGCACCAAGCCGUCCAGCUGCAGGCCAUCGGAGGAUCCAUACCUCACUGAGCUCACUCACAGCCUGCUGGGCCUGGAGUGGCACAUGAGGGGGAAGUACGGCUCUCUGGGCUGCCUGGUGGAGCUCCACGGGGCGGAGCACCUCCUGAGCAUCCAGCCCCUGCUGCCUUUGCGUCUCCUGGACUUGAUGGGUGAUCAGACUCUGGCUCCUUAUGCCAGCGACCUGCUGGAGAGGCUGUUCAUCAGCCACAAGGCGCAGCUCUCAAACAGGGAGUCAGAGGAUUGGAUGGAGCAUUGGCACCGAACCUGGGUGGACCCUCUGCUGAAUGUUCUGUGCCACACCAGGCCGGACCAGACCACCUACAUACUGGACUACUUCCUGCCUAAGCUGCUGCGAUGCAGCCCCUCCAGUCUGACUCACAUGGUGCAGGCCCUGCAGGAUGCGCCGCCCUGCAGGACGGGUCCGUCAUCGAGCAGAGGUGCACUGGGAGCCUUGAUGACCUGCCUGCGUGCAGCCAGGGCCCAGGGAGUCAUGGCGUCCUCAGAGGAUGAUCUGUGGGCGGGGUUGGUCCCGCUAUCCCUGCUGCAGACGGCGCUUAUCCACAAACACGACCAGGUGAGGAUGGACGCUCUGGGUUUGGUGUGUGAAAGCCACCGCAGUACGGAGGUCCUGACAUCACAGGAGAUGGAGCUCAUCCGCCAUUUCCUCCCUUCCAACCUCAACAGCCAGUCGCCCGGCGUCAGACAGCAAACCAUCAGCCUGCUGAAGAAGUUACUCUGCAGGGUGAAGGACAGCAGCCAGCUGCUGCAGAAGAGGCUCAUCCAAGAACGAGCAGCAGAGGGCCGAGCCAGAGACCAGCACUCCCUGCAUCAGUACAAGGAGUUCCUGCGCUGGCUGUGUGGGAACCUGCUGGACGUUCUGCUUCCUGGAGCAUCUUUCUCCAAAUGCCUCAUGGCGCUGAACCUGCUCAAUCUGCUGGCUCAGCUCUUUACCUUCACUGCUGAGCCUGACGUUUUCGCCCUAGGAGAAGUGGUGACCUCCGCACAUGCUCAGAACGUCCUCUACUGCGUGGCCAGCAAUUUCCUGGAGGUCAAACAGUUGGCCACAUCGUUACUAAGGCAGCUCCCUCCGGCUGCUGUUGCACUUCAGGCGCCGCAGACGAUGCGCCGCGUCCUUCAGGCCGCUCUGGACCUCAGCACCAGCACCAAACCCUAUGACAGCGUUACGGCCGCGCAUCUACUCAGCCUACUGCUCCAGCAGCCAGAGCUGAUCCCGGUUCUGCUGGGAUGUGCUGAGGAUCAAGGUCUAGACCUCCAGAUCGACCCCCUUCAGACUCAGGCAUCCGAGGCUCUAAUGUUGGAGCUGAACGCGCUGGCUGUGGUCCGGUACCUGCUGUGCUGUCUGCAGACUGAGCUGUCAGGAGCCGAGUCGUCUCUUCUGCAGGCUGCUGCUUCAUUUCCGCUUUACGGCAGAGCGCACUGCAUCACUGCUGUCCUCCAGCAGCUAAACACAAAGUGUUGGAGUCAGACGGAGCAGUGGAGAGGCCUGGCGUCGGAGCUGAUCGCUGCGUGCUACAGGAUGUCUGACGUUGUCUCUCCGGUGGUUCAGAGCUCCUCCCCAGAGGGACUCAUCCCCAUGGACAGCGACUCUGAGACGUCUGGAGGCCUGCAGAGGAUCCUGCAGGAGAUUCAACCCAGAGACACGAACGACUUCUUUAAUAGCGCCAGAGAGCUGGAAGGAGAUGAUGCUUCAGCUCAGUCCAGGACCCCCCACACACCACCACUAAACACAGACGGAGAAGGCUACAGGGUGACGGCUCAGAUGGUGCUGGUAUGUUGCUGGCGGAGCAUGAAGGAAGUGGCCAUGCUGCUGGGGCAGCUCUGUCAGAGUCUGCCUCUGCAGUACACCAAUGAAAACGAGCCGACAUGCGCCGGGCUCAUCACAGAGGAGCAGGUGGAGGGGGUCGGCUUGUACUUCCGUCAGCAGCUCCUGCAGUCCCGGCACCGAGGCGCCUUUGAACUGGCCUACGUAGGCUUUGUGCGGCUCACCGACAUGCUCUGCAGGAGCGGCAGUCAGGCUUUGCAGCAGCUUCCCUCCCGCUGGCUAUCCGAGGUUCUGGAAGAGGUUAAAUCCAGUGACCCGACAUCGAAACUGUGUGCCACACGUCGAAGCGCAGGGAUACCCUUCUACAUCCAGGCUCUGCUCUCCUCGGAGCCCAAGUCAUCCAGCUGCAGCCUGCUGAAGAUGACCAUGAGGGAGCUGAUCGCUCUGGCCAUGCCGUCUGCAGAAAGGAACACAGACAGCUCCACUGUACCUCAGGUGCACGCUCUGAACAUCCUCAGAGCUCUGUACAGGGACACUCGUUUGGGGGAAAACAUUAUUCCCUUUGUCUCAGAUGGAAUGCAGGCUGCAGUGCUGGGAUUCACUUCUCCUGUAUGGGCGGUGAGGAACUCUUCCACACUUCUCUUCAGCACUCUUAUCACAAGGAUCUUUGGCGUGAAGAGAGGGAAAGAUGAACGCUCUAAAAAGAACAGGAUGACUGGCCGGGAGUUUUUCACCCGUUUUCCAGCUCUCUAUCCGUUCCUCCUCACCCAGCUGGAGGAGGCUGCUGCCACUGUGCAAAGUGACAGCGGUCAUGUAAAGCUCCAUCCCAGCCUGUUCUUGCUGCUACUGGUGCUCAGCCGCCUGUAUCCUUCUCCCAUGGAUGGAACAUUCUCUCCUCUGGGACUCGCUCCUUUCAUUCCCUUAAUAAUAAGAUGCAGUUGCUCCGCCGUGUAUCGUACCCGAGAAAUGGCGGCCAGGGCGCUCGUCCCCUUCGUGCUGCUCACCCAGGUCCCCUCCACUGUUCAUUCUUUGCUGCAGGAGCUCCCUCCAGAACCAGGACCCAAAAUCCAACACAACCACAUCCAUGGCACUCUGCUGCAGGUGCUGUUUUUGCUGCGCUCCUUCCAGACGGACUCACACAGGCCCCUGCCAGCAGGAAGUGGCAUCGGAGAGGCCCUCUGUCAGCGCAUGUGGCUCUGUUCAAGGCAGAAUUCUUGUUUGGUGACCAGAGGAGUGUUUCUGGAUGUCUUGAUGUGCCUUUGUGGGUCGAAGACCAGCCUUCUGGAAGGUUCAGUGGUCGACACUCUUCGUCAGACUGCUCUCUCAGUUGUCACAGCGUCCGAACUGAUCCAUCCCGACUCUUCCUCGCUGUCCCUUGUCCCUGGAAGCACGCAGUACCUUCUCAGCCUCGCCCAGCUGGGCCUCAGCGUGUGUGUGGACAGCCCAGAUCUGUGGAGAGGUUUUGAGCAGAGAAAGCAGCUCCUAGACAGUCUGCUGCAUAGCCCCCAUUAUGAGGUGAGGGAGCUGGCAUUGGAGGGCAUCCUGAGAAAGCUUCACGAAGAGGAAGAAGAAGAGAAAAGCCCACUAUGGCUGGACGAGACCACCAUGUCUGACCUGACCAACAUGGCUGUCCAUGAGACACGCCAGCAGUGUUUGGCUAAGGUCCUGCAGGUGUUGUGCAUGUUAAGCAACAGAUGUGAGCUUUUAUGGAAGGACGGCUCCAAGACUUUGUCCCAGAAGGAGGUCUUGAUGCACCUCCUUACUCUGGCAUCGAAAUUUAUUCACAGUGUUGAUCUUCUCUCUUCUGCAUUGAUGCUGGCCUCCCGACUGGUGGUGGCGCUGGUGAGCUCCGAUCUUAAGGAUCCCGGUGCAGUGGCAUGUUUAGACCAAUGGGGGGCUCUAGUGUGCUCGUGCUGCGGUGAGGAGCAGCCUGUGGAGGUGAAGCUGAUGGUUACCAAGGUGCUGGUCACCUGUUCAUCCUCCCUGAUGACCAACCCUCAGCUGCCGCUGGGUUUUCCUGCUACCGUGUCACUGUGGAGGAGCCUGUUGACGCUGCUUCAGGACGAAGACCAGGAAGUCAGAGACUCUGCUUCCGACUUCACCUGCAGUGUCCCAGCUCACCUGCUUAGUAAAGAUGUAGCCGGUGGGUCCGUCUGUCCUCUAGCAGCUUUGGACCUGACCCUGCAGCUCCUGUGUGUGAUGUUUAAGCUUUGGGGGCAGCUGGGUGCAGGCAUUCUAACCCUAAUGCAGUGGCUGAUGGGUGAAGAGGAUGGCUGCGAUGAGGAGGAGGCAGAUGAAGCUUUGCCUCUGGAUGAAGAGGACUUCCUGUUUGAGAAGGGCGAGCUGAACCUUUGGGCCGAGCCGCUGCAGUGGGUGAAGCUGCUCCACCGGCAUCUCUGCUCCCUCAUCGACACGUUAGAACAGAACCAAGGAGCUGGAGCUGUGGAUCCUGACCAGCUCCUUCACUUUCAAACCCAGGCCCGGAACAAAGUGCUCAUCUCCCAGCAGGCUCUGAACCGCCUGCCAGGACUGCCGCAGUUCUCCUCCACCAUGGAGCACGCUCGGCUGACGCUCCGCCACCACAGGGCGGAGCUGGCUCUGGAUGCGCUCUCUAGGCUCACAUUAACCAGUUAAUUCAUAUUUUUAAGUUUUUAUACAUUUUUAAACCUGUUUUUGCUGCUGCUUUGUUUUAUUUCACAGUUGUGUCUCACUCAUUAAAGUUAUUUUUUAUUAUUUGUUUUAACUGAAAUGAAACUGAAUCCCAUCCUCCUACAUAAUCUGCCAGCCAGACUGAAUUUUAUGAAGAUUUUAGUUCACAGACCAACAAAUAACUGUGCAUAAUAUUUAAAGGAUGACAAAACUUGUUUUUAAAUAAAAGAAAGAAAUACCGAAAUAUUGCUAAAUCUGUGU